AUGCUCGUCUCCGCUCUCACCGUCUUUGCACUCCUUCCCUUAAGCCUCGCCUUUCCAGUCGCGCCUGUAGUCGACCGAGCAGAGCCCGGCAUCGCUCUCGCGGUGGAUGAAAGAACGCCUGCGAUUGCUUCGCUUGCUGCUCCCGGGUCCGUCAAUGCGUUUGGGCGUGCCAUCGCGUCUGUUGCCUCAUCUGAUGAAAGUUUGGCCUUUGGCGCCUUGCCCCGUGCUGCCGUCCCGGCCGCUGCCAACGACGCAGUGUCCAUUGACGCUUUUGGGCGACGAGACGCUCUUCCAACGGCUGUCAUCACGGACACUGCUUCUCUUGACGCGUUUGGCAAAUAAAGUCGUCGGUGAAUUUCGCGUGUCUGCAGGCGAUUUCUGCUGAUCCCUGUCUUAGGAGACGGCAAGGGUCUCUAGUUGAGACCGAGG